ACGGGCGAGCGGAAGUGGGCGGAGCUCAGACUGACUGGGAAAUGUCAGCCGAUUGACUGGGUGAGGGUUUUUAUUUUCCCGGUGCCCACAGGCCUUCAGGUGACCACCUCUGCGGUCGCCUCGGACCGUGGGUCUCUGACGCCGGCAGACUGCGGCGGACGCGAAGCUUCUCAGUCCCUUCUGGGCGCUGUCUGGAGAGAUCCGACGUGAGUUUAUUGUGUAUAACCAUCAUCAGUCACAAUCUACAUAGAAGACAGUACUCCUGAGCCAUUCAUUUUCACAAGGUUAUAAAGGCAUUUGGAAAUAUAUUGAAUAAUAUUUUGAUCACUGGAAAAUGAUGGAGUUGGGCUUUAAAUAUUUAAGGCUUUUUUACUUGCUGUUUUGAACAGUACAAUCUAACUACACAUAAGGGAACAAAUAUGGUCCAGAACUAUGCAUGAAUCACUGUAGUUGGCGAUUGUGAGAUUCAAUAAUGAGUGGUGCAGCUUUAGGACUUGAGAUUGUUUUUGUCUUCUUUCUGGCAUUGUUCCUCCUUCAUCGCUAUGGAGACUUUAAGAAACAGCAUAGACUUGUAAUCAUUGGAACACUGCUCGCUUGGUACCUCUGCUUUCUUAUUGUCUUCAUACUGCCACUGGAUGUUAGUACGACAAUAUAUAACCGAUGCAGACAUGCUGCUGCAAAUUCCAGUCCUCCUGAAAAUAACAAUGUUACGGGAGUGUAUGCAGCUGUCACCCCAGCUCCAAGGCAACAUCCAUGUUUCAAGCCAUGGAGUUACAUUCCAGAUGGAAUCAUGCCAAUUUUCUGGAGGGUAGUUUAUUGGACAUCACAGUUUUUAACGUGGAUUCUCCUACCUUUUAUGCAAUCAUAUGCAAGAUCUGGAGGCUUUUCCAUUACUGGAAAGAUAAAAACAGCCCUGAUUGAGAAUGCGAUCUAUUAUGGCACUUACUUGCUGAUAUUUGGAGCAUUUCUAAUUUAUGUGGCUGUAAACCCACGUUUGCAUUUAGAAUGGAACCAACUUCAGACUAUAGGGAUAGCUGCUGCCAACACAUGGGGUCUGUUUCUUCUUGUGUUGUUAUUGGGGUAUGGCUUGGUGGAGAUUCCUCGAUCAUACUGGAAUGGAGCCAAAAGGGGUUAUCUACUCAUGAAGACUUACUUUAAGGCAGCCAAACUGAUGACAGAGAAAGCAGAUGCGGAAGAGAACCUGGAGGAUGUAAUGGAGGAGGUUCGUAAAGUAAAUGAAAGCAUUAAGUAUAACCACCCACUGAGAAAAUGUGUUGAUACGAUACUUAAAAAGUGCCCUACAGAUUAUCAGGAAAAGAUGGGUAGAAAUAUGGAUGAUUAUGAAGAUUUUGAUGAAAAGCGUAAUACCUAUCCAAGCGAAAAAAGUUUGGUAAAAUUGCAUAAACAGGUCAUUUAUUCAGUUCAAAGGCACCGUCGAACUCAAGUGCAAUGGCAAAUUCUUUUGGAACAGGCAUUCUAUCUAGAAGAUGUAGCAAAAAAUGAAACUAGUGCAACUCAUCAAUUUGUUCACACCUUUCAGUCACCCGAACCAGAAAAUCGAUUUAUCCAAUAUUUUUACAAUCCUACAGUUGAAUGGUACUGGGAAUGCCUGUUGCGUCCAUGGUUUCACAGGAUCCUUGCUGUGGUUUUGUCCGUCUUCUCGGUGAUUGUUGUGUGGUCAGAGUGCACCUUCUUUAGCACGACUCCUGUCUUAUCUCUCUUUGCAGUCUUCAUACAGCUGGCAGAAAAAACAUACAAUUAUAUUUAUAUUGAGAUUGCUUGCUUCCUUUCCAUCUUCUUCUUAAGUAUCUGUGUUUACUCUACUGUGUUCAGGAUUAGAGUAUUUAAUUACUACUACUUGGCCUCACAUCAUCAGACUGAUGCUUACAGCCUUCUUUUCAGCGGCAUGUUAUUUUGCCGUUUGACUCCCCCUUUAUGUCUUAAUUUCUUGGGAUUGACCCAUAUGGAUUCAUCCAUCUCUCACCAGAAUACCCAGCCCACUGCAUAUACAUCUAUCAUGGGUUCCAUGAAAGUUUUAUCCUUUAUUGCAGAUGGAUUCUAUAUAUAUUAUCCUAUGUUGGUGGUAAUUCUCUGCAUUGCUACAUAUUUUAGUUUGGGAACCCGUUGUUUGAAUCUGCUUGGUUUCCAGCAGUUCAUGGGAGAUAAUGAUAUGACAUCAGAUCUAGUUGAUGAAGGAAAAGAAUUAAUCAGACGAGAGAAAAGAAAAAGACAAAGGCAAGAGGAAGGUGAAAAUCGAAGAAGAGAAUGGAAAGAACGUUAUGGACACAACAGAGAAGAUUCCACUAGGAACAGAAAUGUUCACUCUGACCCCAAAGAGUCGAAUUUCUCAGAUACUACUACCAAUUGGUCAUCCAAGUACACCAGGGCUAAUAACAGAACUGAAAGAGACCGAAUAGAACUUCUCCAGGAUGCAGAACCUCUGGAUUUUAAUGCAGAGACAUUCACUGAUGAUUCUCUGGAACCUGAGUCAGGAAGGUAUCAACCUGGUGGGCGAUAUCUCUCCAUGUCUUCCAGCAUAAUAUUUGAAGAUAUCUAAAGUUUGAAGAAAUUCAUGGCUCAAGUAACCAAGGUCAUCACAUCAGCUCAGCCUUUAUGAACAUGAUUGUGCCCUACAAUUCCUCUGUACUGUUCGAGAAUAGUAAGGAUAACAAGAAUGGCACUGAAAACGGAUCACAUCUUAAGAAUACUAGGUUAUUUAUUGAUUAGAGUGUCAUCUUUUCUGAUAGAAUUUGUUGCUUACCAUCUGAAGUGUCUGCCUCAGAAGUGAGUUAAGUGGAAGGGUUUAAUUCAUGAUAAACAGAACACAGCUGGUUUCAACUUAAUUUUUUUCCGGAGUGUUCUUUUAAAGUCCAAGGAAGCCUGAAGUCAUACUAAAUACUACAAUUUUAUAAAUGUAAUUUAAAUUUGUUCAACUUAUAUUUCCCAAAGAAGUGAAAGUGAACUGAGACCUCAGCUAAUUACUGUAUUUACAAAACCUAUGUCUUAAAAUAAGACUUUCUUAUUACCCGUAAAUGAAUGUAAACAACUCUACUUCCGAUCUGUGUACAAAUUAGUGGGAUUUUGCAUGUAAAAUUAGGAUUAUUCUUCAAUUGAUGGUGUUAGUGUCUUUAGCAUGUGUAUUCUAACUGGGUGAUGUAUUCUUUUCAUUCCUUAUGGUAACUGGAUCUUUUUAUGGUUUUGAUAUUCAUUUCAUUUCAGAGAAAAAUACUCACCUUUAGCAUUUAGCAUAAUGACUUGACACUGAUCAUCCCAGCCAAAAAAUCGUAAAUAUUAAUGGUGAAUUAUUUAUUCACAGAGAGACCCCCAAAUUCUAUAAUACUUAAAAGAUACCUGUUAA